AUGCGAUGCGCUCGACAAUUGAUGAUCAUUCCCGGCGUGGACCUAUUUCCUACAAGGGCUCAAACAACAACAGGAAAACAAUGGCAUCAACCACCACCAAGACUUGCAUUACUUAGGAAUUCACCGUGGACGAUUAGUCCGACAACUUCGAGACCAUCUCCUCCCGUGGGACUGCAACCGAUCUGUCAUCGUCACUUCAAGUUCUCGAACUUGGGCCUACAGGCUUCUUUGAUUGAUUUGCAGUCGAAGCCUGCUGAGGAGAUGAGAUGCACGGAGCUUGCGGGAAAGCGGUAUGUUCCAAGCCAUGGAGGGAAGCCGACCUGGAGGUGCAGAAACGGCUGUUCUAUGUGUCUAGAAGGAGCUGAGCCGAGGCCCUUGCACCUUCUGUGGAUAGAGGAUGCAAACGAUUCACACACGCAAGGGCUCGAAGGGUAUCCCCCGAUGAUUUAUAUCAAUGCUACGACGAAAGAGGGUUGGUUGAAAACUUUCGCACUGCUACCGCAUUAUGACGAUGAGGGGUGCGAUCCGAAACGCCUUCGCGCUCUGACUCCCGCUCAUUGUGUCGCCGACAGCAUUUUCGCUAUCAACGAUUAG